AUGCCCAGUCUCCCCCGCAUGGCCUUCGGUGCGCUAGCCGCGCUUGCGGCUCUUUCCCCUGCCGUAGCCGCCGACACAAAAGUCUUCAACUGGACUACCGGAUGGGGCAACUAUGACGCCGACGGUAUGCUCGAGCGGCCAGUCAUCACGUGCAACGGCCAGUUCCCUUGGCCCGACGUCCGCGUCAAUAAGGGCGACACCGUGCUCAUCUAUCUGACCAACGGGUUUAACGAUCGCAACACGUCUCUCCAUUUACACGGGCUGUUCCAGCGCGGUACCAACCAGAUGGACGGCCCACCGGGCGUUACCCAGUGCCCCAUUGGUCCGGGCGACACUUUCCUGUACAAUUUCACUGUCGACAGUAACGUGGGCACCUACUGGUACCACUCGCACACUGCGGGUCAGUAUCAGGACGGGUUCCGCGGAGUGUUCAUAAUCGAAGACGACGCGUUUCCUUACCACUACGAUUACGACAUCCCGUUGCAGAUCGGCGAGUGGUACCAUGAUACGACAGACGUGCUCAUCCCCACAUUCAUGAACCUGUAUAAUCCCACGGGCGCAGAACCCAUCCCGCAGAAUUUCAUUCUGAACAGCACACGAAACCUGACCUGGAACGUCGAACCGGACAAGACCUAUUUGUUGCGGCUCGUCAACACGGGCGGGUUCGUGUCGCAGUAUUUCUGGAUCGAAGACCAUAACAUGACCGUGGUCGAGGUCGACGGCGUUUACACGGAACAGAACACCACGGACAUGAUCUACAUUACGACCGCGCAGCGGUACUCGGUGCUCGUGCACACCAAGAACGACACGUCGCGUAACUUCGCGAUCAUGAACAAGGUGGACGACACGAUGCUCGACGUGGUGCCCAGCGACCUCGAGCUGAACAGUACUUCGUACAUGGUUUACAACUCUAGUGCGGCGCUACCGAAGCAAAACAUCGUCCAGGAACUGGAGUUCCUGGACGACUUCUAUCUCGUUCCGUACGAGAAACAGGAAGUGCUACCGGAGCCGGAUUACACCAUCACUGUGGACGUGAUGAUGGACAACCUCAUCAGUGGAGUCAACUACGCAUUUUUCAACAACCUCACGUGGACAUCGCCCAAGGUGCCAACGCUACUGACAGUGCUGAGCGCUGGCGAGAACGCAACGGACGCGUCUAUCUACGGGUCGAACGUCAAUGCGUUUGUGUUGGAGAAAGAUGAAGUGAUCGAACUUGUGCUGAACAACCGCGACACUGGUACACAUCCGUUCCAUCUACACGGACACACGUUUCAGGCCCUAGUGCGCGACCGCGAGUACAACGCGGACCUGGGCGAACAAGUGCACCUAUACAACUCCAGCGAUCACCCGGCGUUCCCGGAGUACCCCAUGAUCCGUGACACUUUGUACGUACGCCCGCAGUCCAAUUUUGUCAUUAGAUUCAAGGCCGACAACCCAGGUGUGUGGUUUUUUCACUGCCACAUCGAGUGGCAUUUGCUGCAGGGGCUUGCGAUCGUGCUCAUCGAAGAUCCGCUCGGAAUCCAACAAAAUGCGUCUCAGGCGCUUUCCGACAAUCACCGCAAGUGUUGCCAGAACCUGGGCGUGCCCAUCGAGGGCAACGCUGCCGGCAACUCGGCCGAUUUCUUCGACUUGGCCGGCGAAAACGUCCAGGAAAAAUCCAUUCCUCCCGGGUUUACCAAGAAGGGCAUCGUUGCCAUGUUUUUCUCGUGUCUCGCAGGUGUUCUGGGGCUCGUUACCAUCGGCGUCUACGGGCUCAUGGGCAUGAACAACGCCGAAGAAAGAGUCAUGGCCGACUUCGACAUCUCGCCCGACGAGGUUCUGCAAGAGGCAAGUCGCGACGACGACAACACCAACCAUUCUUCUGUCGAAAAGGAGGUCGCACUCGAGACGGUCGAAACCAAGCACUAA